UUGCUGCAAGUCUCUUUCAUUAUUAUUAUUAUUCCUUUCCUCCUUUAAGUGUAAUAUAAAAAAUUAUGUUUUACUAUUACUAAGGAUAGGUUCAAUCCGAUUGAAACUCAAGUAUAAUAGUAUGAAUUACACAGAUAUGGCAGUCAUGGAGAUACGAGAAACCAUUGAAGAGGAUUUGUUUUUCCCUAAAGGAUUCAUAUUAUCUGUCGAUUACUUCUACAGAAAGUGCUCUCCUCUGUGUCUGUCGUGCGUUUGUAAUGCCAUGUUUCAUGGACUGCAGUCCAUUUAUUCGAUUAAAUGUCAGUAUGAGUAGGUAUGCUGCUGCUGAUCUGUGAUGGAAGAUACAAAAUUUCCUGAUUUUACUCCAAGUCGAUGCAUUUGCUCCAAUGGGCACAGGACAGAUUUUUCAUUCUCCCAUGCCCAAGUAGGCAUUGGCUGCCAUGGUCUAUUGCCGCCACUGGAAAAUUUUGUCCAAAUUGUAAAAUCAAUGAUUGUUUUUCAUUUUUUUUUUUUUUUUGGCAAGUCAUCGGGGAAGAAUGUAAUUUUCAACAAAAUCACCGUUUACUCAAAAGUCUCAGGCAGCUGAGCACUUCUCUUGUUAAAAAUAGGAGCAUAUUCAACAUAAGGUUCACUUCAGUGAAGCGUGAAAACUAGAGAAUCAAUAUGGGUGUUCAAACUUUUUUACUGCAAUUUUAUCUUCUAAUCCUCCAUUUCACAUUUUCUUUUUCCAGAGACACCAUAGCCAUUAACCAAACCAUUGAAGAUGGCAGCCUCCUAGUCUCUAGAGGAAAGAAUUUUGCAUUAGGAUUUUUUAGCCCUGGAAGUUCCAAGCAUAGAUAUCUGGGAAUCUGGUAUCACAAAAUCCGAGAGCAUUCUGUGGUUUGGGUAGCAAACAGGAACAAUCCAAUCAACGGCUCUUCAGGAGUUCUCACCAUUAAUCAAUAUGGAAAUCUCAUUCUUUACAGCAAUCAUAGCCAGACAGUUUCUGUAUGGUCUACAAAUUUCUCAAUGGAAGCUGCAGAUACUUGUGUAGCUCAGCUAUUGGAUUCAGGAAACUUGAUUUUGGUUCAAGAUAGAAGUAAAAGAAUUGUGUGGCAAAGCUUUGAUUAUCCCACAGAUACUCUACUACCAGAAAUGAAAGUUGGGCUGAAGCAGAAGACAGGUCAUUACAUGUCCCUAACAUCAUGGAAAUCAGCAGAUGACCCUGGGACUGGAGAUUACUUGCUUAAGCUCAAUCCAGCUGGAUCACCACAAGUCUUUCUCUAUAAAGGUAUCAAAUCUUAUUGGAGAAGCUACCCAUGGCCAUUGAGAAGUUAUGUAGGUGCGUGGAACUUCAGUUUUAUCAACAAUGAAGAGGAGAUAUACGUGGCCUACUUUCUUGCUGAUGCUUCUGUUAUCCUAAGAAUAGUGUUGGACGUUGCUGGAUUUCUUAAGCACCUAACGUGGCAUGAAAGUGCGGGCAAAUGGAAGGAAUGCUUGUCAGAACCCAUUAAUCAGUGCGAUAUCUAUGGGCAUUGUGGUGCCUAUGGACACUGUGAUUCUAACCAUAUUAUUCAAAAAUUUGAAUGUAGUUGUUUACCUGGGUAUGAACCCAAGUCCACGAGAGAUUGGGAUAUUCUGCGAGAUGGAUCAGGUGGAUGUGUUAGGAAGCGACUAGACUCUUCUUCAGUAUGCGGGCAUGGAGAAGGAUUUGUCAAAGUGGCAAAUGUUAAGAUCCCUGAUACUUCAGGAGCCGUUUGGUUGGACCUAAACAUGACUCCUAUUGAUUGUGAACAAGAAUGCAGGAGGAACUGUUCGUGCUCCGCAUAUGCAAGCAUAGAUAUUGCUGGGAAAGGAACUGGUUGUUUGGCUUGGUAUGGUGAAUUAACGGAUGUUGUAGAUAAUAAGGAUGAGGGAUAUGAUAUUUAUGUCCGCGUUGAUGCAAUUGAAUUAGCUGAGAUUGCACAAAAAUCAAAGGGUUAUCUUGAGAGGAAGGAUAUGUUGGCCAUUUUAGUUGUCUCAGUUGUUUCAGCUUGGUUUAUCAUAAUCUUAUUUGCAUAUUUGUGGCUCAAGAGGAAAAAGAGGAGAAACGUGAGGAACAAAUGGACUGAAAGAUUGCACAAUACAAUUGGUGAUUCAUAUCACAAGGUUAAUUUUGUGGCAAAUGAAAUUGGAGACAGCAUGAAUCAUCCAGACAUAGCAUUUUUUGAUAUCAAUACAAUGCUUGCUGCAACUAAUAAUUUCUCUCCAGCUAAUAAGCUAGGACAAGGUGGUUUUGGCUUGGUUUUUAAGGGUCAGCUGUCUAACGGGCAGGAGGUUGCUGUGAAACGACUAUCCAAAAACUCAGGGCAAGGAAUAGAAGAAUUUAAAAAUGAAGUUAUGUUGAUCGCAAAGCUUCAACAUAAGAAUCUUGUGAAGCUACUAGGAUGUUGCAUUCACGCAGAAGAACUAAUGUUAAUUUAUGAAUACUUGCCAAACAAAAGCUUGGAUUCAUGGCUUUUUGAUCAAACAAGUUCAGUCUUGGAUUGGAGAAGACGCUUUAAUAUCAUCAUGGGGAUUGCUCGUGGAAUAUUAUAUAUUCACCAAGACUCCAGGUUGCAAAUUAUUCAUAGAGAUUUGAAAACUAGCAACAUUUUGUUGGAUGCAGAAAUGAACCCAAAAAUUUCAGAUUUUGGCUUAGCUAGAAUUUUCAAAGGAGACAAAAAUCAAGAAAAGACAAACAGAAUUGUUGGAACACUUGGCUACAUGUCCCCAGAAUAUGUGGUUUUUGGAAAAUUUUCAACAAAAUCUGAUGUGUUCAGUUUUGGAGUCAUAUUAUUUGAGAUUAUUACAGGAAAGAAAAGCAAUGGCUUUUGUCAAGGGGAUUCUAGCCUAAGCUUAAUAGGCCAUAUAUGGCAAUCUGCUUUGGGUGUCUCUGCAUCUAUCCCAGUUCCUGAGCCUUCUAUUGUAGCCCCCACUUCUACUAAGCCCAUUCCUACGAACGUGGGGGUUAAUUCCUUGUGGCCUCCUAGCAUUCAACGGUUGGUGCUAACUCGAAUGCCCUCUCUCCUUAAAGAUCUUAGCUUGGCCAUCCUGUUAACCGAGAAUGCUCUGAGGCCCGGAGUCUAUCGUCGCCUGAACGAGUCAAGACUGAUAAACUUUUUGGCAACGUUAUGCAUCCUGACCUACAGAGUGCUCUCUAUGCUUAUAUGGCCAAAGAGCGUAAUAAGGUCCUGAGGUGGGAGUUUGGUGCUCAAGAAAUGGACAAGAGACUUCUGGCAGAGGAAUGCUCGAGGCUGAAGACUCGGGUUGUCAAAGUGGAAGGCACAAUGAGAGAGACUCUAGAGUUAGUAAACAAACUCUAGGCAAAUCUGGGUGAAGCUAAUGCUUCCAAACUUGCCCUUGAAAAUCGGGCUAAGUGUGCUGAGAAUAAAGUGGUCAUGCUUCAGUGUCAAGUCUAGGAGAUGCAGUCUGAAGUUAAGGAGAAUCGGCCGCCUCCAACAGAAUUGUUGAAUUAGAGACUAAGCUUUAAGAGACGAUGGCUCAGGGAGGAGAAAUGUUCGUCGAGGGUCAAGACUCAGUUAAGAAAGAGUUGGUAAAACGGUUUUCUUCUGAAAAUUUUGCUUGGAUAGAUGAUAUCCAUCCAGAGGAGGAGUAGGGUGAGGACGAGCAAGAAGAGGAGAGGAUUGAUGAUAUCGAUCGAGUCCCUGCAGAAAAUGUAAUAGAUAUAGGGAAUGCUGAUGUAAUAAAGACUCAUGAAGUUAUCCCUCCAUUGUAAUCU